AAAUGUGGAAGAGGAAAGGAGGUUUUGUCAAUGCUUCGAGAGGAUAAGAACAGGUUUGACGUUCUUGGAAAUGAUCUGCAAAUGCAUGAAAUGGAUGGAAUUCAGCUCCUUAAGAUCAUCCGAUCAGAAAUGGAUUUGCCUGUCGUCAUCAUAUCAUCAGAUGAUGAACAAGAACUUGUUUUGAAGGGUGUUCUUCAGGGUGCUUGUGAUUGUUUGAUCAAGCCUGUUAAGAUGGAAGCUCUUAAAGUCUUUUGGCAGCACGUGGUUCGCAAGAAAAUUAACAACACUUUAGAACGAUUAGAACAGCCAAGAAGAAAGGAAGAGGAUAAAUUGCAUUUGGAGAAUUCUUGUAUUGUUAGCUGUACAGUCUCUGGAAAUGCAGGACAUCCUAUGACCUUGAAAAGGAAAAUAGAUGGUGAAGAUGAAGGCAAGGCUUCAGAUGGUUUGUCUACGGGAAAGAAAUGAAUGAUUUGGACUCGUGAACUCCAUGAAAAGUUUGUUAGAGCAUUGAAUCAUCUCGGUCCUGGAAGUAAGAAUUUUUUUACUAAUUCCACCUCCAUUGUCUGUCUUUUUUUUUUCCUUUUUAAAAAGCUCUACACUCAUCACUAUCUACAAUAUCAUGGAAGUUUGUGUG